UAGCAAACGACGCCUCAAACCCCCAAUCCCAACCACCUCCACGCCGCCGACGACAUCCACUACCGCCACAAUGCAUCUCAUGUACACACUCGACUCUGAGGGCAAGCGCCUCUACACCCUCAAGAAGGUCAACCACGGCCAGGUCACCAAGUCGGCGCACCCUGCGCGCUUCUCUCCCGACGACAAGUGGUCGAGGCAGCGUGUCACCCUCAAGAGGCGGUUCGGUCUGCUCCUGACGCAGCAGAAGGAGGAGUAAGCUUGAUCAACAUCUUGAGGACGACAAAAAUAUCAGAGGCCCAUACAUAGGCCACGACAAAUCAGCGGAGGAAAGGAGAGAUUUUGGCGCGAGAGAUGUUUCGAUGCGCAGUGUUUUGAACGGAGUUUGGGUCACGGCGUUAUACACAGGACGCAAGUUCUAGGAUCAAAUGCAUCAGAACCGUUGGGGG